AUGAGCAGCCAGGGCCGCUCGGGUCCCCCCGGGAACCGCGGGCCCAGGGAAGGCGAGGGCGGGGAAGCGAGGAAACUGCAGGAGGCGAGGGUCGCGCGGGGAAAGCAAGGGAAAGGGAAGGGGAAGGGGAAGGGGAAAGCGGGCUCCGGGCACGGCGGAAGAGGAAGCGGGGCGGAAGGGAAGCCGGGCCUGCAGCCGGCGAGGAAGGCAGCGGGGCCGGCGGCUGAGGCAGGCCCGGGACAGGAAGGCGAGGGAGGCGAGGAGGAAGGGCCGAGAAGCUCCGGGAAGCGGGAUGAGGGCAGCGCAGAGCCGAGGAAGGAGGAACGGAGGGUCCGGGCCGGGCGGCGGGAGGACGACAGCCUGGAGAGAGGACAGGAGCAGGGGUGUCAGGCGUGCGGCGGCGGCAUCCCGGGAACCCGGACGGCCAUGGCGGCGGCAGCCGAGGACGCGGCGGCGGCUGUGGAGCCGGCCACCCGUCCCGCCGCGGGGCCCGCGCUCUGGCGCCUGCCGGAGGAGCUGCUGCUGCUCAUCUGCUCCUACCUCGACACGCGGGCCCUCGGCCGCCUGGCUCAGGUGUGCCGCUGGCUGCGGCGCUUCACCAGCUGCGACCUGCUCUGGCGCCCGAUAGCCCGGGCCUCGCUCAACACCGGCUUCACGCGGCUCGGCACCGACCUGAUGACCAGCAUUCCAGUAAAGGAACGAGUGAAGCUGUCUCAGAACUGGCGGCUGGGGCGCUGCCGAGAUCGGAUUUUACUGAAGUGGAGAUAUAGUCAGAUGCCUUGGAUGCAGCUAGAGGAUGCUUCUCUGUACCUAUCUCAGGCUAAUUUCAUCCUGGCCUACCAGUUCCGUCCAGAUGGUGCAAGUUUGAACCGUCGUCCCUUCAGAGUCUUCGCUGGACAUGAUGAGGAUGUGUGUCACUUUGUGCUGGACAACUCCCAUAUCGUCAGUGCAGGAGGAGACGGGAAGAUCGGUGUUCACAAGAUCCACAGCACCUUCACUGUCAAGUACUCAGCUCAUGAGCAGGAGGUGAACUGUGUGGACUGCAAAGGUGGCAUCAUUGUGAGUGGCUCCAGGGACAGGACGGCCAAGGUAUGGCCUUUGGCCUCAGGCCGGCUGGGGCAGUGCUUACACACCAUCCAGACUGAAGACCGAGUCUGGUCCAUUGCUAUCAGCCCAUUGCUCAGCUCUUUUGUGACUGGAACAGCUUGCUGUGGGCACUUCUCACCUCUGAGAAUCUGGGACCUCAACAGUGGGCAGCUGCUCACACACCUGGGCAGUGACUUUCCCCCAGGGGCUGGGGUGCUGGAUGUCAUGUACGAGUCCCCCUCUACACUGCUGUCCUGCGGUUAUGACACCUAUGUUCGCUAUUGGGACCUCCGCACAAGUACCCGGAAAUGUGUCAUGGAGUGGGAAGAGCCUCACGACAGUACCUUCUACUGCCUACAGACAGAUGGCAACCACCUGCUAGCCACAGGCUCCUCCUACUAUGGUCUCGUGCGGCUGUGGGACCGACGCCAGCGAGCUUGCCUGCAUGCCUUCCCACUGACGUCCACGCCGCUCAGCAGUCCUGUGUACUGCCUGCGGUUCACCACCAGGCAUCUCUAUGCCGCGCUGUCUUACAACCUCCACGUCCUAGACUUUCAAAACCCAUGACAGACCUCCCCUGCCUAUGGGCUGGGCAAGUCAGCUACUCAGGGACCUCUCUUGCCUGGCAGGUGAAGUGAUACCUCACUCCUCUUCCCAGCCCUGCUGAGCUCCUAGGUCUCUGGCCACCAUGCCCGGGCACCUGAAGCACUGAGUCCUGGACACUGGGGCUGACUCUGACACAGGCCCUCCUGUGCUCUUAGGAGAAUGUGCCUGAACUUAGGUGUUUACAGUGGGGUCAAGCCUGCUCCCAGCCCUGCACAGCACCACUGCAGCCUACAGAGUGCCGAGGUCUCUCACCAUCCCAGAUAGACAGAGCUGUGCAGGAGCCAGAGCCUCUGCUGGGCCCAGCCUCCUCCUCAGUCAGAUUGUAACUUUCCAACACCUGGGAGCUGGGGUACAUACCUGAGUACUGGUCUGGUUUUGCUUUGAACUAAGAAAGGACAAAGGAAGCCUGACAGUUUGGGCUUCUGGGCUAGCUGCUCCUCAGGCCAGCUGUGGGAAACAUGUUACCAUUUUAAUUUUUAUAAAAAUAAAAUUUAAUUGUUCACAAA